UGUCAUUUCAAUAGACCGUUGAACGGGUCGGCACGGUACGGAUAACUGGAUAACGGAUAAUACAGAUUUUCGUGAAAAAAAAAACUCGAGUUCGGAAAAUACCGCGAAAAUCCCCGGGCUAUGUCGAGGGCCGAGUAGAGUGCGCUUCCGAUUAUUAUUUAGUUAACUACCUCUUUAGUGUUCAGUUUCACAUUAGGAUGGCCCGUAACCAGGUGCUACUCAUCAGCCUCCUAUGCCUCGGCACGAUUUUGAGCCCUGUGCAGAGUUCCACGGAAUAUAAUCGCUACCUGGCACAGAUAUUCCAAAAAUAUGGCAACGGCGGGACAAUCAACUUUGAGGGUCUCGAGCAUUUAAUGUACAGCCUCAAUCUGGGACAGAUCCAAUUCGAUCCAUCGCACACGAUAGAAGAACAUCGACCCCAAGGAUAUACCCAAGAGAUCGCAAACAGCAUUAAUGCCACCAAGUACUUUGAGGAAAAUGGUCGUACAAAUGCCACUGAGGAUGAAGCUCCAGAGGUGCAAAUAUCCACACCUGACAGUCAUCUCUCAAAGUCAGAUGCGGGGCCAGAGAUCCCGGAAUUCCUGGAAAUACACGAUCCCAAACACAGGCAUCCAAGGGAAAGCCACGAUCCCGUAGCCGCCUGCUUGUCACCGAAAUCGAUUUUGUCCUUGCUCGUGGACCACAACGACUUGCACAGAAACACCGCCUUCCGGAAGCUCAUCAGCAAAGAUGGUGUCGUCUCAGUGGACAACAUCCACAACUCGGAGGAGGAGUACAACCAAUUCAUCAACUCCGUACGGAUUACACCCCGGGCUUUCAUGAAACUAUGCCCAGCGCUACUGGCACAGAUCGAUAAUGGUGUCUGCAAGCAGCCAGCCCCGCGAUCGGAACAUCUUCUGGAGAAGAAUCAGAAGAUAUGGAAUGCUUGGAUCUAUGCCAGUGUUACAAUGCUGAUCCUCUCGGCCUGCGGUUUAUUGGGGAUUCUUUUGGUUCCACUGAUGAAGACAGCUGCCUACCAGGAGGUGCUCAAGUUCCUGGUUUCUAUAGCAGUGGGCACGUUGGCCGGCGAUGCCUUGAUGCACUUGCUCCCACAUGCGCUUUUCAAAGAGGAAAAACAUGAGGAGGAGGUGACUGGGGUUAGUCCUCUGGACUCGGAUCACAAGCACAGCAACGAGGCAGCCCUCUUGUGUGGUUGUGCCUUUUUGGCUGCCCUUUUUAUGUACAUGCUGGAGAACCUGCUACCUUUACUGAAAGGGGACAAGCCAGGCCAUGGACAUAGUCAUGGUCAUGGACAUAGCCACGGUCACGGCCAUAGCCAUAACAACAUGGAAAAGCCGGUUGCGCAAGAACUGCCCGAUCUAUCAGCUCCCCGGGAGCUAAAUGUGAUGCUCCAGGAGGCCAAGCUAGAUGAAAAAGCGCCAGAACGACCGCUUACUCCUGUGGCCUUCAUGGUGAUCAUCGGCGAUGGGCUGCACAAUCUCACCGAUGGUCUGGCCAUUGGAGCAGCUUUUGCCAGUGAUCCGGUCACUGGAUUCGCCACUGCUUUUGCCGUCCUCUGCCAUGAGCUGCCGCACGAGCUCGGAGAUUUUGCGCUGCUCCUUCAAACUGGGGUGUCCAUGCGAAGAGCCAUCUACAUGAAUAUUGUCAGCUCAGUUCUGAGCUUUGUGGGCAUGUCUGUGGGCCUAUUCAUAGCCGGAAUAGGAGAUGGCAUGACCCAAUGGAUAUAUGCAGCCACUGCCGGGUCCUUCUUGUACAUUGCCUUUGCCGAUUUAGUGCCAACGAUGAGCGUGGCCCACAACCCGGAAAUAGCCAAGGAUCCAAAGGGUAUUUUUAUACAAAUACUUGGCAUUCUCCUCGGAGGACUAAUAAUGUUAGCUAUUGCCUUAAACGAGCACGAUUUAGAAGGUCUAUUUAAGAGCUUCUAAGGUAUAUUUAAGAAUCUCAAGCAGAUGUGUCGAUUUCCCUUCCUGUUGUAGAUAGUAGUCUAAGUCUAAGCUUCUUUGGAAUCUCCAAAUAUCUGCCCUCAUUCUUAAUUGUACAUAAGUGUUUGUAGUUUUCAA